AUGUCACUGGUGACCCCGCUGUAUUUCAGCGCGGUUCAGCCCAAUUUCUACAGAGGAUCAUGCCCAAGAGAGACCAACAUCCCAUUUCUUAAUACAUUAGGUCUCAAAUACAUUCUAUCAUUGACUCCAGAGCCAUUAACAAACGAUGCAGUCAUGAGCAAGUUUUGCGCCGAAAAGGGCAUACAGGCCAUACACAUUGAGUGCAAUAAUGAGAAAAGUCAGAAGGACAAAUCGAAAACAAAAGUGAAGCGCAAGAAGAAGCCAGUUCCCAUUGAGUAUGAUGUGGUCGUACGAUGCGUACAGUUCCUUAUUGAUAGGAGGCACUACCCCUGCUAUAUCCAUUGUACAAACGGUGAACUGGUUACUUCUCUUGUUGUGGCAUGUUUGAGGAAGCUGUCAUAUUGGAGCACUGUGUCAAUCUUUAACGAGUACUUGACUUAUACAUCUAGCAUCAAUAUUCAUGAGCGGGGCUUUAUCGAGAAUUUUAACCUGGAAAUUGAGAUAAACGACUUAGAAAUGAAAGAUAAAGUUCCCUGGAUUACGGUACGAGCCUCCGACGUUGCAGAUCCUCAUGGGGGGAACACGGCUGAUAAAAAUAUUCGGAGGAUACAAAGUUUUCCGGGAAUGCUCCCCAGGCUCAAGUUUCAUAGUGUUUAA